AAAAAAUGUUGAGAAGAGCUGCCACCAUCGCUUCCAAGUCAUUCCAAACAACUUCCUUCACCAAGCAAAAUAUUGCUGCUGGUUUCUUUACACAACAAAAUCAAAUCAGAAACUAUGCUCCUGCUCAAGUUCAAGUUGAAAAGGGUACCGUUGCUGUUAUUUUGAGUGGUUGUGGUUAUCUUGAUGGUAGCGAAAUUACCGAAGCUGUUAGUGUUAUGGUUCACUUGUCAAAGAAGGGAUACAAGCUUGCUUUCUUCGCUCCAGAUAUUAACCAAGAAGAAACUUAUGAUCACUUGACAAAGAAUGUUGAAAAGAAUGAAGUUAGAAACAUUCGUACUGAAGCUUCUAGAAUCACCAGACAAAACGUCCUCAGAUUGGACCAAUUCAGACCACAAGCUUUCGAAGCUCUCAUCAUUCCAGGAGGUUUUGGUGUUGCUAAGAAUUUGAGCAAUUAUGCCGAAAAUCCAACCAACUUCAAGAUUCAUCCAGAAGUUGAAAAGGCUAUCGUCUCAACUCAUGAAGCCAAGAUCCCAAUCGGUAUGUGUUGCAUUGCUCCAGUUUUGGCUGCUAAGGCUAUUCCACAAUGUUCUAUUACUUUGGGUGAUUCUGAUCCAUCUGUCACUGAACAUGCUAAGUCAUAUGGUGCUAACUGUGUUCCAAAGUCAACUUCUCAAGUUGUUGUUGACAAGGAUAACAAGUUGGUCACUACUCCAGCUUAUAUGGGUAAGAACCCAACUGCUUUUGAAGUCUUUGAUGGUAUUGGUUCUAUGGUUGAUUCCGUUAUUGAAUUGACCGGAUCAAAGAGUGAUGAAGAUGGUGAAAUCGAUUUUGGUGUUUUGGAAGAAAUUGCUGCCAAGAAGAUUGGUAUGGAUAAAUUCACUAAAAUGAAGGAACAAUUUUACGGAAAGCCACUCUCAAAGUAAAUUAUUUCGGAAUAUAAUUUAUAAACAGGGCAAUUACAAUUUUAAAAUUCAUAAUUAAUAUUUAAUUUUAUUGUUUUUUGU